GUUUUUCGAAUCAAGAAAAAAAUUGAAAAAACGAUCUGUGUUCUAGGGCUCCCGUCAGCUGUCGCUCCUCGAAGGCUCGAAGGCAAAGGAGAAGAUUUGGGUUUGUGUUUGUGUUUGUGAGAUUAGCUUCAGUUUCAUCAGGAGCAGUGCCGAAAAGACUACAAGCCAAAGAUGGAAAAUAAAUCUGAGGACGCUCCAUCAGUAAAGAGUGACUUUGUAGGGAUUCAUUCAUCUGUCAUGAGAUGUCCUGACAAUUCAGAAUGGUACGAUUAUGGAGACUAUUAUGGAGACGAUUUAUAUACUAUUCCUGAGGUCCUGCCAGUUCCACUUGUUCAGUGCAGCAACCCAAUUCAGGAUGCUCCCCCUCUUUCGCUUGUUCAGUGCAACAACCCUUUUCAGGAUGCUCCCUGUCUUCCGCUUGUUCAGUGCAAAAACCCUUUUCAGGAUGCUCCCCCUCUUAGUGAUGCUGAUGAGGACAAAAAGAUCAAGGCUUUAGUUGAUACUCCUGCCUUGGAUUGGCAGCAUCAAGCUUCCAAUGGCUUUGGUCCUGGCAGAGGUUUUGGACGGGAUAUGGCCAGAAGAAUGAGGGGUGGACAUAGUUCUGGUGUGUUGGAGCGGAAAACUCCUCCUCAAGGCUACAUAUGUCACAGAUGCAAGGAGCCUGGGCAUUUUAUUCAGCACUGCCCUACCAAUGGUGAUCAUAAUUUUGAUAUCAAAAGAGUGAGACCUCCUACUGGUAUUCCAAGGUCUAUGUUAAUGGAAACCCCAGAUGGUUCAUAUGCAUUACCAAGUGGUGCUGUUGCUGUUUUGAAGCCAAAUGAGGCUAUUUUUGAAAAAGAAAUUGAGGGGCUGCCUUCCUCUCGUUCUAUUGUCAAUCUUCCACCAGAACUUCACUGUCCACUGUGCAAAGAAGUAAUGAAAGAUGCUGUGUUGACGAGCAAGUGUUGCUUUAAAAGCUUUUGUGAUAAAUGUAUAAGAGAUCGUGUCAUUUCCAAAUCAACAUGUGUCUGUGGGGCCACAAAUAUACUUGCAGAUGAUCUUUUGCCCAACAAAACAGUCAGGGUUACUAUCAACCGUAUUUUGGAAUCCAAUAACAGCAGUACAGAAAAUACCAGCAGUGCUCGAGGUUGUAUUUCAGAUAUGAAGCCUGCAUUCUGUCCACAGCCUAAGAUUAAAUCCCCUGUGCUGUCGGCCUCAAAGGGAGAGAAAGUGUCACCGACUCAAAACGAGGAAACUCCAAAUAUUAAGGACACUGCAGAGAAGAGUACAACUGUUGGUGUAUCGCUGCAAAUUUUGGAGGAAGAGAGGGCUGUUAGAGUCGCAGAUGUUUCUAAAGCCAUGCCUGAGUCUAUUAAUCUGAGGGAAUCAGGAUCAAAGGGGAGUGCCCCAUCGGCUGACGAGGAAGUGCAUCAGAAGCCAGUUUCUGGUGAGGCAGGGAAUAAAAAGAAAACGAAGAAAACUUGCUUACCUUUUAAUGCUGCAGAGAUGCAGUGGGGAACCUCUCAAGAUCUUGCUGCCGAGAACUAUAUGAUGUUUGACCAUUCCGCCUGUUAUAAUUCAUACUGGACUGGCAUGCAAGCUGGAAUGGAAGGCUGUGUUGCUCCUUGCGCUUUUGAUUCUAUGGGCUAUGGGUUUAAUUCUUUCAAUGUUCCAUUCUGGGGUGUCUUACCUCCAAAUUCAUUUGGAGCACAUGGUUAUAUGUUGCCUCUUGUCCCACCUCAGAGGGAUCUGUCCAGAGAUUGGGAAUUCAGUAGGGAAGUGAGCAGCCAUCCUGAUGUUCCCUCAUUGAAAUCAAAACCUGUAUGUCCUUUUGUUUCUCAAAUUUCCAUCUCCUCUCUUUAUACAUGUAUUGUGAGCAGAUAAAGGCUCAUAGUUAGAAGCGAAAAUUGGCAGGAACCAUUUGGCCGAAUGACAAUUAGAAUGCUUGCCUACUUCUCCAUAAUAAAUGGAAGAAGAAUACUGUAUCAUUCCUAAUUCGGGAUUGGAUGUAAUUAUUCGUUUAAAAUUGUAUUAAUUUUUUUUUUCUUUC